CUUUGAUUAUCCCCUUUCCUGUCCGUCUCAUUACGGUCCUCGCGGGGUCAGGGGUCGUGGAGCUGUCCGUGGUCAUCUCAGCCAGGUCGACGGGUGGCUUCAUUGCGAGACAAAGACAAACACACCCUCCGCUGCCGCUGCAAGGCCAUUUCCACUCCCCUCACCAGUCCCCCACCAAUUAACGCCAUCACUUUGCAGGAACUUUGAUCGGUUAUGAAGAACUUCAGGGAUUCCCCCUCUGUCAGGCACAAUGUGGAGGCAUUUCACCGUGGCCUGCAGGGAGCGUCUCAAAUUGGGCAGCUGUCACCUCUUCUUUGAGGUUAAACAGGAGAUGAAAUUCAAGCCAACCCAGGAGAGUGUGCAUAACCCGAUGGUGAGGUCUUUAUAGAGCCAUUUAUUUCAGGCAGCCUCUGAAUGGCGGCGAUGGUGAGGGGAUGGAAGAUGUUUGGCUCCCUCUGGAGGAGAGACGAGGGAAACAAGCAGUUACAGCAGGAUGGUCACUGUGGUCCAUUGUGUCCUCAGGGUUGUACCAGAUGAGCGUCCCAGAGUCGGCUCCUGUGGGCUCAGUGGUGGGUCGUAUCUGGGCCAAGGACAGGGACAUCGGGGUCAACGCUGAGAUGAAGUACAGCAUCAUCGAUGGAGACGGUAGAGACACCUUCGACAUCAGCACCGACCCCACCAACCUGUUCGGCAUCAUCACGGUGAAAAAGCCCCUGGACUUUGAGAGUAAACCCAGUUACACUCUGAAGGUGGAGGGGGCCAACACCAACCUGGACCCGGCCUUCCGUCACCGCGGGCCCUUCAAGGACGUCACCAUCGUUCACGUGAGCGUGGAGGACGUGGACGAGCCGCCGCUGUUCGACUUGCCGACGUACUAUGUCGAGCUUCCGGAGGACGCUGAGAUUGGGACGUUGGUGAAGACGGUGUCUGCGAGGGAUCCUGAUGCUGCCAACAACACUGUGAGGUGAGGAUCAUGAGGAGACAACUCUGUGCUAAAGUACUAACACAAAGAUGAAGAAAUACUCAAA